CUUCCAAAGGUAGGUUAUAGUCAACCCGAGCCGGCUGGUUACUGGCAGGUCGAAGGCCCGCCGGAAUGACGACGCCUCGUCGGCUCCUCCGCGCACGCGCCGAGGCGGCGGUAGCCUCCGUGGUAACCGUCCUCCCCCACGAGAUCCCUCCUCUUCUGAGCGCCGCCGCCACCUUCUUCUUCAUCCUGAGCGCCUACUUCGUGGUGCUGCCGCUGCGUGACGAGGGCGCCAUCUCCCUGGGCCUGGACACCCUCCCGGGCCUCUUCGCCGGCUCCCUACUGCUCACCGUCCUCGCCGCCCCAGUCGCCUCCCUCGCCUUUUCCCUCCCGUCCAUCCCCAAGCCCAGGGCUUUGAUUUUGAUACAUAGGUUCUUCAGCAUCUCUCUUCUUGUAUUUUUUGUGCUUUGGUUUGCUUCUAGCCCCAGGCAGUCUCAAUCCGUCUCCCAGUCUAGCGAAGAUGGUUUGAGUAAGCAUGCAGGGUGGGAAAACCACAGCUGGUUCUAUAUAGUAGUGAGAAUAAGCUUGUUUCUUUGGGUUGCUUUACUUAAUCUCAUUGCAAUAUCGUCAACUUGGGCAAGGGUUAUUGAUGUCAUGGACAGUGAGUCAGGCUCAAGAUUGUUUGGUUUUAUUGGGGCUGGUGCUACGCUGGGGCAACUUUUUGGUUCAUUGUUUGCUGCAAGCAUGGCAUGGCUGGGACCCUUUAUGCUCCUAUUUUCAUCCCUCUUGAUGGAACUUGCUGCUGUAUCAUCUAAAGGAAUUCGCAUUGAUGAUAUUCAGGGUUCAACUGAACUGUCUCCAACAGGGGCAGAAAAAAUUCAAAAUGCAGAGGCUGAUGAUGAAAUGUCUUCACUGGUGGCUUCACCUAGUUCGCCUUUCCAAUCUCGAAAGUCCAAUCCUGAGAUUUUUAUAAUGUUUGAAGGUUUCUGGCUUAUUUUGCGAUCGCCCUACCUGAUAUACAUAUCUCUAUUUCUAUGGCUAAGUGCAGUUAUCUCAUCCUUCUUUUACUUUCAGAAAGUAACAAUAAUAGCUACUACAAUAUCAAGCCCAGCUGCCAGAAGGAGAACAUUUGCACUGAUAAACAGCUUUAUAGCAGUUUUUAUUCUUGCGGGACAGCUCACUUUGACGGGCCAUAUCCUUACUGUUGCCGGUGUAACCGUUGCUAUCUGUGCAUCUCCGCUUGUUGCAGCCUCAAAUAUGGUUGCCCUAGCUGUAUGGCCAACUUGGGUUGCUGUGGCUCUCACUGAAACAAUUCGAAAGGUAGUCACUUAUGUAUUGACAAGGCCUGGAAGGGAGUUAUUGUUUACAGUCGUCUCACAGGAUGAAAAGUACAAAGCCAAGGUCUGUAUAGAUGUUAUUGUCCAAAGGCUAGGUGAUGCGACAGCUGCUGGAAUUUAUAGUUUGCUGUUCAGCAGACUCGAGAAGAAAGCAUCCAUGGUUAUCCUCUAUGCAUUGCCGCUCUGCUUCCUGUGGCUUCUCACUGCAUUUCAUUUGGGGCGACUCCAGACAAAUCUUGCCAGGCUUGAGGCGGCUCCUGUGAUAUCUGACAUUAGAUAGAUAGUGCAUUCAGCAUGUUGAAAGUAUGGUUGCCAAGGACACAUCCCUGCUGGUAGCGAACUGCUUGUUUCAAAGAAUAGCAGAUUCAUGGAGGAACCUUCGAAUCUGGAGUUUUCCUUUUAGGAUGAGUUGGACUAUUGGAGUUAACUAUGGAGAAAGUUAAACACAGGAAGAGUACAAGAUACAGAAUGAGGAAUGGUAGGACUAAACAUCAUAGUAGAAUAAUUUCUGGUUUUUUGUACUGUCUUCGGUUGCCGCAUGGCAGAAACUGAGUCAUGCAAACUGCAAGUUACAUACGCCAAUGUUAAAGAAUAGCCUCAGUAAGAAGACAUGCCACUGUCGAUAUUGAACCUCCUUGCUUAUUCCAAAGGUUGGCAGUUCCAUGGACAA